UUGCUCAGCCCCGAGACGCUGGACACUAUCGUCAACCGCGGCGUUAGCGAGAUCAUUUCCCGCGACGAGUUCGUGCGCAUGCUGAAUUCGGGGCGUCCUCUGCGGCUGAAGAUGGGAUUCGACCCCAGCCGACCCGACAUACACCUUGGACACGUGGUCGGCCUCCGCAAGCUCCGGCAGCUACAGGAGCUCGGACAUCAGGUCAUCCUGAUCGUCGGUGACUGGACCGCCCAGAUCGGCGACCCCAGUGGGCAGUCUGCGACCCGCCCCAUGCUAACGCACGAGCAGGUGAUGGAAAACGCCCAGUCCUACCUGCGCCAGUUUUUCAAGGUGGUGGAUGAGGAUCGGGCACAGGUGGUCCAGCAGAGCGAGUGGUUCGGCAAGUUCACGCUCGCGGACGUCAUUGGUCUGACCGGCCGCUUCACAGUAGCCCAGUUCCUGCAGCGGGCCGACUUUGCCCAGCGAUUCGCCGAGCAGCGCGCCAUCGCGAUAACCGAGUUGCUGUAUCCCCUCCUGCAGGCUUACGACUCAGUCGUCAUCGAGUCCGACGUCGAAUUCGGCGGCACCGACCAGAUGUUCAACCUGCUGGUCGGGCGCGAACUGCAGGGAAUGAUGGGCCAGACUCCGCAGCAGUGCUUCAUGAUGCCGAUACUGGUGGGAACCGACGGUGUCCAGAAGAUGAGCAAGAGUUUGGACAACUACGUGGCCGUGGACGAACGCCCCGAGGAAAUGUACGGCAAGAUCAUGUCCAUCGGCGACAGCCAGAUCGCCAACUACUACGAACUCCUGACCGAUCUACCGGCGUCCAGCCUUGCCGACUUGCAGCGGGAUUUGAGCCAGGAUUCGGUCAACCCCAUGGAGCACAAGAAGCGUCUGGCGUGGGAUAUAACCAACCAGUUUCACGACCCGGCCUCAGCCGAUGCCGCACAGGCCCACUUUGAGCGCGUCGUGCAGGGCCGCAACCUGCCAGAUGAGAUGCCGGAGCUGUCUCUGGCCGAUCUGAAAGAGCAGGCCGAUGCCCCGGAUGGUGCCAUUCGCGCCGACCGCCUGCUGGUGGCCACGGGUCUUGCCCCCAGCAAUGCCGAGGCCAGACGCCUCCUUACCCAGGGAGCUGUGGAGCUUCUCACCGCCACAGGUGGUUCCAGCCGCCUGGACGACGAACGAGCCUUCGUCAGUCCGAGUGCAGGUGACGUGCUGCGGGCUGGACGCCGGCGGUUCGUCCGCUUCACCGGGUAA